AUGACUCAUUUGCAAGCAGGCCUGUCGCCGGAAACAUUGGAGAAAGCAAAGGUGGAGUUAAAGGAGAAUCCCGACACCUUACAUCAGGACAUACAGGAGGUGAGGGAUAUGAUCAUCACUCGUCCAGACAUUGGCUUUCUCAGGACAGACGAUGCUUUUAUCCUGCGCUUCCUCAGAGCGCGUAAGUUUAACCAUUUCGAGGCGUUCCGCCUCUUGGCCCAAUAUUUCGAGUAUCGUCAGCAGAACCUGGACAUGUUUAAAAACUUGAAAGCAACCGAUCCUGGGAUAAAGCAAGCUCUCAAAGACGGCUUCCCAGGGGUUCUAUCGAAUUUGGACAGAUACGGCAGGAAAAUACUGGUUCUCUUCGCGGCGAACUGGGAUCAAAGCAGGUAUACAUUUGUGGAUAUACUGCGUGCUAUUUUGUUGUCACUGGAGGCAAUGAUUGAAGACCCUGAACUACAGGUAAAUGGAUUUGUGCUGAUCAUCGACUGGAGCAACUUCACAUUCAAACAGGCUUCCAAACUAACCCCGAGCAUGCUGAGGCUAGCCAUUGAAGGGCUACAGGACAGUUUUCCAGCCAGGUUCGGAGGGAUCCAUUUUGUCAACCAGCCGUGGUACAUCCAUGCUUUGUACACUGUCAUACGUCCCUUCCUGAAGGACAAAACCAGGAAAAGGAUCUUCAUGCAUGGGAACAAUCUCAACAGUCUGCACCAGCUGAUUGUCCCAGAGAUCCUGCCCUCAGAGCUGGGGGGUAUGCUUCCCCCUUACGACAUGGGCACCUGGGCCAGGACCUUACUGGACCAUGCCUACGAUGAGGAGACAGACUACUGCCCUGAGUCCUACACACUGUCAGUUAAAGACCUUGAGAAGGACUUGUCUCCCAAAACCAUGAAGAGGUCCCAGUCUGUGGUGGAGCCGGGAGUGCUGAAAAGGCCAGAGAAAGUGAAGAGUGAAGAGGAGAACACACAACCACUGCUCUCGUUGGACUAA